AUGGCUAGUGUCAUCUCAGAUAGUCCUCCAAACCCAAGCUGCAAAAUCAUGACUUUCAGGCCUUCAAUGGAUGAAUUCAAGGACUUCAACAAAUACUUAGCCUACAUGGAAUCACAAGGUGCUCAUAGGGCUGGAGUUGCAAAGGUUAUCCCACCGAAGGAUUGGAAGCCAAGAAAACAUUAUGAUGAUAUUGAAGAUUUGUUGAUCCCGGCUCCGAUUCAACAGAUGGUCACAGGCCAGUCAGGGCUCUUCACACAGUACAACAUUCAGAAAAAACCAAUGACAGUGAAGGAGUUCAGGCAGCUGGCAAACAGUGACAAAUACUGCACCCCAAGAUACGUAGAUUAUGAAGAUCUGGAGCGUAAAUACUGGAAGAACUUGACUUUUGUGGCACCAAUUUAUGGAGCAGAUAUCAAUGGGAGCAUUUAUGAUGAAGGUAUUGAGGAAUGGAAUAUUGCCCAUCUUAAUACAAUAUUGGAUGUUGUAGGAGAAGACUGUGGAAUAUCUAUUGAGGGUGUAAAUACACCGUAUCUAUAUUUCGGCAUGUGGAAAACAACAUUUGCAUGGCACACUGAAGAUAUGGAUCUCUACAGUAUUAAUUAUCUCCAUUUUGGAGAGCCAAAGUCAUGGUAUGCUGUUCCUCCAGAGCAUGGGAAGCGGCUUGAAAGACUAGCUCAAGGGUUCUUCCCAAGCAGUUCUCAAGGAUGUGAUGCUUUUCUUCGGCACAAGAUGACUCUUAUUUCUCCAUCAAUAUUGAAAAAAUAUGGAAUUCCUUUUGACAAGGUUACACAAGAAGCAGGAGAAUUUAUGAUCACGUUCCCAUACGGAUACCAUGCAGGAUUUAACCAUGGGUUUAACUGUGCAGAGUCAACAAACUUUGCCUCCAUCCGAUGGAUUGAUUAUGGAAAAGCGGCAAAAUUGUGUACCUGUAGGAGAGACAUGGUGACAAUAUCAAUGGACAUCUUUGUGAGGAAGUUUCAACCAGACAGAUACCAGCUGUGGAAACAAGGCAAGGAUAUAUACACCAUUGAUCAUACAAAACCGACUCCGGAAUCGACACCUGAAGUAAAGACCUGGCUACAGAGAAGAAAGAAAAUAAAGCACUUUCCCAAAUGCUUCCAGCCCAGUAGAUCUCGAUCUAAAAAGCUUAAAACUCCAGAGGACAGCAGAAUAUCUGCUAUGGUAACUGAUGCAGAAAUCAUAAUGACUGAAGCAGCUACUGAUGGCUUCAAGGUCAAUGAAGAACCUGAAAAAAAAAUGAGACUGGUAAACACAGGAGUGCCUUCUGGGGAAGAAGAAAACAGUAGUAGAAUGCAACUGGAUCAACAUUUAUUGGAUAAUGUCGAAGUUACAGGAAACAUUGAUUCAGACUAAUUUUUGAACCUUGUUCCUGUAUUAGAGAAAACAAAAUUGGAAAAUGAGGACAGGACAGAUUCCAACCAUCCUCUCAUUACUUGUGAAGAUUCUCUGGCCCACAUGCCUGCGUCUGAUAGCUGUAGAAAGGAAGACAAUUUGAAAUCUCUGAAUCGGUGCAUUUCAUCUCUACCAUACCACAAGUCAGAGGAGCAUGCUUCUAAAGCAGAAAACCCAGAUAAAGAGGAAAAUGUCUCAACAGAGGAUGAUGUCAGUGAUCUAGAAAUCUGUGGAAGUAGCUUGGAACAUGGAGAAGUGGCCAUUGUAAAAAAUUAUGAAGAUGGAAUAGAAACAUCCAGUGUAUGUAAAGUUGAAAGAAAGAAAGUAUGUAAGAGUUGGCGUCAUCCACUAAAUAAACCCCCAGCUAGAUCUCCAAUGACUUUGGUUAAACAGCAAGCAGCUAGUGAUGAAGAGCUGCCUGAGACUACCCUAAUUGAAGAGGAAGUUCAAGAGACGGAGACAUGGGCCAGGCCUCUGGUCUACCUUUGGCAGACUAGAGUACCCAGUUUCAAUGCUGAAAAAGAAUAUAAUGCAGCUUGUGCAAAAAAGGAACCACACUGUGCCAUUUGCACUCUUCUUAUGCCUUACUACAAGCCAGACAAUCAUGAUGAAGAAAGUCCUACUUUUGGGGAAGCAAACUCAGCAGAAACAUUGAUGGAUGAAAAUGAAAAGACUAAACCUCUUAUUCCAGAAAUGUGUUUUAUUUAUAGUGAAGAAAACACUGAAAACUAUCCAUCAAAUGCCUUUAUCGAAGAAGAUGGGACAAGUCUUCUAAUUUCCUGUACAAAGUGUUGUGUACGGGUUCAUGCAAGUUGCUAUGGUGUUCCUUCUCAUGAAAUCCAUAGUGAAUGGUUGUGUUCUCGAUGCAGAAAAGAAGCCUGGACUGCUGAAUGUUGUCUCUGCAAUUUGAGAGGUGGUGCAUUAAAGCAAACUACCGACAAGAAGUGGGCACAUGUAGUGUGUGCAGUUGCCAUCCCAGAAGUCAGAUUUGGUAAUGUCACAGAACGUACACCGAUAGACACUAGCAGAAUACCUUUGCAAAGAUUAAAAUUGAAAUGUAUCUUCUGCAGACAGAGAGUUAAGAAAAUCUCUGGUGCCUGCAUUCAGUGUUCAUAUGGACGCUGCCCAGCCUCCUUCCAUGUAACCUGUGCCCAUGCUGCAGGAGUACUGAUGGAACCUGAUGACUGGCCGUAUGUUGUCUAUGUCACAUGUUUCAGGCACAAGAUCAACCAAAAUGUGAGACCAAAAACAUGUGAGAAGACUAUUGCAGUUGGGCAGACAGUCAUCACAAAACACAGGAAUACACGAUACUAUAGUUGCAGAGUCAUAGGAGUGACAAGUCAACUUUUCUAUGAAGUCAUGUUUGAUGAUGGCUCUUUCAGUCUGGAUACUUUUCCCGAAGACAUUGUAAGCAGAGAUUGCCUAAGGCUGGGCCCACCUGCAGAGGGAGAGGUUGUCCAAGUGAAGUGGCCUGAUGGAAAACUGUAUGGUGCAAAGUAUCUGGGAACAAACACAGCUCACAUGUAUCAGGUUGAGUUUGAAGAUGGUUCUCAAAUAGUAAUGAAGAGAGAAGAGAUCUACACUCUUGAUGAAGAGCUUCCUAAGAGAGUAAAAGCACGUUUUUCUACAGCCUCUGACAUGAGAUUUGAAGACACAUUUUAUGGGGCAGAUAUUAUCUUGGGAGAGAAGAAGAGGCAGAGAGUAUUGAGUUCUCGGUUUAAAAAUGAAUAUGUGGAUGAUCCAGGAUACCGCACCUUCUUGAAAAGUUCAUUCCAGAAGAAAUGCCAGAAGGGCCUAUAA